AUGAAGACAGUCUCGCCCAAAAGCUGGGCUGCCCGCAGCAUGGCCGGCCUCCUAGCGCUCCCAUUGCUACCAGUGCAUGCCUCUUCUGGGAACCCAAGCCUAUCCCCAGCACCCCCAAUGGGGUUCAACAACUGGGCGCGCUUCAUGUGCGAUCUGAACGAGACGCUCUUCACCGAGACAGCACAGUCAAUGCUAGACCGCGGUCUCCUCGACGUAGGCUAUGACCGCCUCACGCUGGAUGAUUGCUGGAUGAGCUACGACCGUGCUAAGGAUGGUUCCCUACAGUGGGACACCGAGAAGUUCCCGAACGGCAUCCCCUGGCUCGCCAAGUUCGUGAAUAGCAAGGGCUUCCAACUUGGUAUCUACGAAGAUUCCGGAAACUUGACCUGCGGUGGCUAUCCAGGCUCCUACCAAUUCGAGGAGCAGGAUGCCGAACUCUUCGCUAGCUGGGGCAUCGACUACCUCAAGCUGGACGGAUGCAAUCUCUGGGAGGAGGAAGGCCGCACGAUACGCGAGGAGUAUCAUGUGCGCUACGAGCAGUGGCACCAGAUUCUGAGCGCCAUGCCGAAGCCGCUCAUCUUCUCCAACUCCGCGCCUGCGUACUUCGAAGAUGACGCAGCGGACUGGGCGACUGUCAUGGACUGGGUCCCAGAGACCGCCGAGCUGGCACGUCACUCUGCGGAUGUGAUCACCUACUCCGUCGAGGGCAAUGCCUGGAAUAGUAUCAUGUACAACUAUGACUUCCACGUGCGUCUCGUGCGCUACCAGCAACCGGGCUACUAUAACGAUCCCGACUUCCUGAUCCCAGACCACCCAAGCCUCUCUAUGAAUGAGAAGAAAUCUCAGUUUGCGCUCUGGUCUUCUAUGGGUGCGCCACUGAUUAUCAGUGCUUACAUCCCCGCUCUCUCGGACGAGGAGAUCGCAUUCCUUUCCAACAAGGCCCUCAUUGCCGUGAACAAGGAUCCGUUGUCGCAACAAUCUGCUCUCGUCAGCCGCGAUGGCACCUUCGAUGUCCUGGCCCGCUCUCUGGAGAAUGGAGACAGACUCCUGACCGUGCUGAACCGCGGAGCCGAAACCGCCACAACGACUGUCUCCCUCGCACGUCUUGGUUUGUCGUCUUCUUGCAAGUAUGAAGCACGCGAACUCGUCGCCGGCGAAGACUUAACUAUCGACUCUGCUAUCAAAGUCGAGCUCGAUUCCCAUGUCGCCAAGGUCUUCCGUAUUGCGAUGGCCAAGAAGUGUACUAAGACCACACCUACCGGCAUGGUUUUCAAUACUCCGGCCGAUCUUUGCAUGACUGCUUCUACUGAUUCUGUCACCUUUGAGAAGUGUGCUGGUUUGGACUCCCAGGUCUGGCAUGCUCCGGAGACGGGCGAUGGCACUAAGCUGACUUUGAGACCUCUGUCGAAUGACUCGCUUUGUCUUGCUGCUACUGGAGAUAAGCUUUCGCUUGCUAAGUGCCAUGGUGGACAUGGUACCAACUGGGAGCACUUCAUGUCUGGUCAUUUGCGCAGCUCUGCUGGAGGUUGCUUGACUCAGACCAAGGAUCAAGGCAGCAUUUCAGAGUGUGUGAGUGAUAGUGUUGGACAGAUCUUUGGAUUGGCAAGUGGAAUCAGUCUGGCCAAGGGAGAUUUGAACUAG